UUUUUUGCCUUUAGUGCUCUAAAUAACUGCUUUGCUUUCCUUUUUUUUUUUUUUAAAGAUUUAUUUAUUGAUGCAUACAAGAGCUGGGGUACAGGGCAGAGAUCCAGGGGAUGAGAGGAUUCACCAGAGGCAGAGUGGGGAGCAGCACAGGCAGAUCCACUGAAAUCCACCGCUGAGGGGAGCAGCGGGGAGACAGGAGAGGUCUGCUGCGCCAUGGGGGUAGCUCCCUGGCUAGGGCUGAAACUCGUGCUGCAGAGGCCCGGAUGGCCUCAUAGUGCGGUGCUCAAUCCCUUGUGCCACCAGGUUCCUUUUCUUUUUGGGGCUGGGUCAUGUGACUUCCUGUGCGCCUCUCGGAAAAGAUCCUAUGUGCAAAGUUGAUAUUAAAGGCAUUUGGGUUCUUGCACUUUGCUGUGGUUGUCCCAGGUGCUAGACCCUCGGCAGAGGAAGGGUCUUCAGGAGUCACCCGGGCCUGUCCACCCACGUAGGGCACAUUAGCCUCUGGGCCCUCACUGGCCAGAGAGAACUGACAAACCUCUCUUGAAACAGGCUCCCUGUUCCACGAGGCCCUUUGAGGCUACUGGUCUAUUUUGGCACCAGUUUUCAUUGCUGGAAAAAGUAUUUCUUGUACGGACCCGAAAUCUGGCCCAUGUUACUUCUGCUGUUUGGUCCUUGCUCUGCCCCUGAGGAAGUACUGGUGGAGUCUGUGCCCACCUGGCACCCCUACAAAUACUUGGGACUGCUGUGCUCCUAGUUAAGUUUUCUUUCCUUUUUUCCAAAUCUACAAAUCCUUCCUUGCUUUCUUUUUUCUUUUUCUAAAGAUUUGUUUAUUUAUGCACACAACAGCUGGGGUGCAGCCCAGAGGUGUGUGGUGGGGGUGAGAGGAGUCACCAGAGACAGAGUGGGGAGCAAAACAGGCAGAUCUAGUGAAGUAUACUGCUGAGGGGAGCAGCGGGGAGACAGGAGAGGUCUGCUGCGCCCUGUGGGCAGCUCCCUGGCUGGGGAUUGAACUCGUGCUUCAGAGGCUGCGGGCAGCUUCACAGUGCUGACGCUUAACCUCAGCGCCCCCAGGGAGCCCCCUUUCUUGCUUUCUGCCGAACAUGGUCCCCUGCUCUUCUAGCUGCCUUCCCCUGUCACGGAGCUUCGGUCAGCAGGUCUUGUUUAAGAGAGUGGUACUCGGGAUGGGCCAGUGUUCCUGGCGGGGACUGACCAGUAAGCGGGGCUUCCUCUCAUCUGGACACCAAGCUGCUGUUCGUUUCUCGGAUGUGGCUUCAAAUCACCUCGAUCUUUUGGUAUCUACUUUAGUGCAGUGUGCUGGAUCGCUUCACUGAAAAUGACCUUUAAAAGCACAGUUGAUAGCAUCUAAAGUGUCGGGCCGUAGCCCUCUUGGUAUAUAUCCGUAUGUCAAACUUUUACUUGACGCCAUGAAGCACUCUGGUUGCGCUGUUAACAGAGAAAGACACUUCUCUUGUGAAGAUUGUAGUGGAAAUGUCAGUGGCGGUUUUGAUGCCUCAACCUCUCAGAUUGUCUUGUGCCAGAAUAACAUCAGCAGCCAGGCCCACAUGAACCGCGUGGUCACCCAUGAGCUCAUCCACGCGUUUGACCAUUGUCGAGCUCAUGUCAACUGGUUCACCGAUGUCAAACAUCUGGCCUGCUCAGAGGUGCGAGCUGCUAACCUCAGUGGAGACUGCUCACUUAUCAAUGAAAUAUUCAGGCUACAUUUUGGAUUGAAACAACACCAUCAGACGUGCGUGCGCGACAGAGCCAUUCUUUCUAUCCUGGCUGUUAGGAAUGUCAGCAGAGAAGAGGCUCAAAAGGCGGUGGAUGAAGUUUUUGAAUCUUGUUUCAACGAUCAUGAGCCUUUUGGAAGGAUUCCACAUAACAAGACUUACGCAAGAUAUGCUCACAGGGACUUUCAAAACCGCGAUCGCUAUUACUCAAAUAUCUGAAGACUGUCUUAUAUUACAGAGCUUCCGUGAUCAUGAAGAAAAUGUGAUUCAAAAGUAGACAAAUGUGUAAAAUGUAGGUGAUAAAUAUAAGGCAAAGAAAAUGCCGAUUUUAGCAUUGGAUCAGAAAUGUAUAUAUCUUUGUAGCUCUCCAUUUGGUAAAUAAGGCAAAUAAAUGACAUUUUUUUUGUAUUUUCUACGUUGUACUUGUUUUUUAUUACUUGUGUUUGGUUUUGAUUGUUGUGAUUUGUUUUUGUUACAAGUGAUUACAGAUUUGAUUGAACCUGUGAAGUGUGCUCUUGCAUGAUGUUAGUUCACCGCUGUUAGUAUAUAUAUUAAAUGUGAAAAAAAUGUACUGAUCUCUUUAUGGGACAUUUAUUUAUGUUGUCAUGAUCAGAAAAACAUGCGAAGAGUGAAAGUUGGUAACAAUUCAUUCCGCGUUCAAUGCCUCCCUGUCUCUCUUCUUCCAGCGUGUGUGAGGGGACAUAUACUUCAUUUUCUGGGGACAGUGCUGUUUAGAGCUUUCCUUUUUUUAUAGUAAAGUCAAUGUAUUAAAUUUAUAAUGUAUUUGAAUUUAAUUUUUAUGUAUUUAUAAGAGUUUUCACAUCAUUCUCAAUUUUUUUUGGUCAGGCCUCAUGUCUGAGUUUUGAAUUCAGAAAACAUGAAUUUUUUAUCUUAUUCCCUUAACUGGUGGCCGCGUCUCCCAGUGUCCCUGGUGAUCCUCUUGUAACCUAUGUCUGACCUGGAAAAUAUGCCUGUGUGUGGCUGAUUAAAAAGGUUUAA